AUGAACCCAAAAAAUUCGGAGUUAGUAUAUGGCAGUCCUUAUGCUAUAACUGCCGACGACAAUUCAGAAUGUUUUGAUAGAGAGCUGAAAACAAGAUGUGCUACUCCAGGUAAAAAAAUUAGUGAAAAGAAUCAACUGAUUUAUGAUCAGGAAACUUUACACAGCGCCGAUCGCCUUCCAGGAUACAUAGAAAUCCCUGAUGAUGAUAUCACCACUGUAUUCACCGACGACCCAACACUUCUUUCCAACAGCCCUUAUCCAGAAGUUAGACAAAAUGUUCCGUUGGAUGACGAAGAAGUCAGACUCAAUCACUGGAGAACAUGGUUUCUUGUCACCGUAUUUGUCGCGAUCUUUGCUGCCAUCAACCAAUUCUUCUCAUUAAGAUACCCGACUCUCAGUGUUAACUUCAUCGUUGCCCAAGUGAUUUGCUUUCCUGUUGGUAACCUCUUUGGAAGGCUCCCUGAUAUACAAUGUCACAAAUGCAGGUUCUUCGAUUUGAAUCCCGGUGGAAAAUUCUCCAAAAAAGAACAUGCAUUGAUUACCAUUUGUGUCUCGCUAACAUCAUCGACCGCAUACGCCAUGAAUAUCUUGAUUGCUCAAACAAAUUUCUACAAUAUGGAUGUGAAUUUUGGAUACGAAAUCUUGCUCGUUAUGUCCACUCAAAUGGCCGGUUAUGGGUUGGCUGGGCUCACCAGAAGAUGGAUCGUGUAUCCGGCCUCUGCGAUUUGGCCGCAAACUUUAAUCUCGGUUUCCUUGUUUGAUGCCCUUAACGAUAAAGGCCUUGACAGAACUAUUGUCAACGGAUGGAAGGCUUCUAGGUAUAAAUUUUUUUUGGUGGCUUUCUGCAUUUCGUUUGUUUGGUAUUGGUUUCCUGGAUUCUUGUUCAAAGGUCUAGGUUAUUUCUCGAUUGUUUUGUGGGGACCAUUAACAAGAAACAAUUUUGUGGUGAAUUCUUUGUUUGGAGUUGAAUCGGGGCUUGGUUUAUUGCCAAUCACUUUUGACUAUACUCAAAUCUCGCAAGCCAUGUCUGGCUCGGUUUUUGCUACCCCAUUCUGGGUUGUCGCCAAUACUUAUGGUUCGGUGUUCUUGUUUUUUGUAUUGAUUUUGCCAAUAUUAUACUACACUAAUACGUGGGAUGCUAAGUAUAUGCCAAUGAUUUCUAGCAGCACCUUUGACAAUACUCAAAGUAAGUUUAAUGUCUCAAAAGUUUUGAACCCAGAUUAUACCAUCAACCUUCAGAAAUAUAAAGAAUACUCCCCUAUUUUCGUUCCAUUUUCCUACUUAUUAUCUUAUGCUUUAAACUUUGCUGCAGUGGUUGGGAUUUUCGUUCACACUUAUCUUUAUCAUGGCCAUGAAAUUUGGGAAAAAUUGAAGAAUGCAAAGAAUGGUGGUGAGGACAUUCACAAAAGAAUGAUGAACAAGUACAAAGAAGCUCCAGAUUGGUGGUAUGCAAUAGUUUUCGUUUCAACUGUUGGCUUGUCAUUUUUGUGUAUUUGUAUUUGGCAAAAACAGUUCCCUGCUUGGGGUUUGGUGAUUGCUUAUAUGAUUUCUAUCAUUAAUUUCGUUCCUCAAGGGGUUUUGGAGUCUAUAACUAAUCAACAUGUCGGAUUGAAUAUCAUUACUGAAUUGGUUGCUGGAUAUAUGAUGCCUCUUAGACCAAUGGCGAAUCUCUUGUUUAAGCUUACAGGUUAUGUCACCACAACUCAAGGUCUCUCUCUUUCAAAAGAUCUUAAGCUUGCUCAAUACUGCAAAAUCCCACCAAGAAUUUUGUUUUUCGCCCAACUUUAUUCCACCAUUAUUGCCAGUUUCAUUAUGGUCGGGCUUCAAGAUUGGAUGAGAAAGAAUAUCAAGGGUGUCUGCACUACUGACCAACCUGAUGGAUUCAUAUGCAGUGAUGGUCGCACUGUUUUCAAUGCUUCUAUCAUUUGGAGUUUGCCAGGCCAUUUAUUCAGUUUUGGAAAGAGGUAUCAUUCCAUUACUUGGUUCUUCCUCAUUGGUGCAUUCUGUCCAGUGAUAACUUGGCUACUUUGGAGAAGAUAUCCAAAUAAGUGGUAUGGAAAACUUAGUGCUCCUGUUUUCUUCACCGGUCCAGGAAACAUUCCUCCUAGCACAGUGUACAACUACAGUCUUUAUUUCGUGGCUUCAUUCUUCCUCAACAAGUUCAUUGGGGGUAAAUGGCCUAGAUGGCAUGCCAAGUAUAAUUACGUUAUGGGUGCUGCCGUAGAAGCCGGUGUUGCUGUGGCUACAGUGGUAAUUUUCUUGUGUAUUACGUAUCCGGGGGUCACUUUAACGUGGUGGGGAAAUCAAGUUUAUAAGGAUACUCUUGACUGGAAAUCAAAGCCAUAUUAUACUGUGAAAUCAGGCGAAACCUUUGGACCAUCUAGCUGGUUGUGA